CCCCAAGAAAUAACAGGGACAGUGAUAAGAAUUUGGAACUUAAGAAGUGUUUGAUUAAUUCUCCACAAGAAAGUACUGUUAAAGGUAUCUUAUGGUCACUGUUGGUGGUGCUCGUCCUCAACAGACAGACAGCUGCCACAGAGAGACAACCACAACACGAAGCAGCAACAGUAGUGAGAGAGCUAGGAGGAGGAAGAAGAGGUUCCUGCUGGGGCGCUGCACGGUAGUUCCGGCAACACUAGAGCGGGACAAGUCAUCAGUGACGACGCUCCUAACCUACUAAACGCUGUCGACGACUCUUCCACCCAGCCUCCACGGCUCUCCCUCACCUGCUCUCCCCUCCCUCCCCCUCCACCCCUCCCUCCACCCCUGCCUCCCCGCACCUCUCUCUCUCUCUCUCUCUCGCCUACAUCAUCCCGCUCUCACUCUCACCUCGUGCGCAUCAUACUGACGUAAGCACUGACCGAGUGGGAGAGUUGGGGAGAGAGAGAGAGAGGGAGAGAGAGAGAGAGAGCGGGACAAGAGUUCUGACAUGUGUAGUAGUGACGAAGUUGUGCGGCGGGAACACAUAUAGGCGCCCUACAACCCAGUGCCAGGGACAGUCAGUGGUGGGGCGGCUUCAGGAGCUGUUGAAAGCUGCUGAACUCGGCUUCAACCAACAGUGACUGACCUCACUUGGUAGUGAGGGACGCGGACACUGACUAGUGCUCACACCUCAGCGUGUGUCAAACUCUCUCAAACGACUUCCAUUUUUGUGUGUGAAGUCAGAACAGUUGUGAGCCGCCGCCGUCACCCACGUGUCUACCGUCACCUGUCACCACCCACUGUGCGCCAAGGCCUUCCAGCGGCCCACAAAACUUCCCAGUGGCUCCCAAGACUCCACAUUGCCGCCUCCUGGACACUUGGAGUGCCACACGGGGUGGGCUGGAGCCCCAAAGUGCCUCCCUUGCCAGAGCCACGGGGUUUCUGAGUGCCUUCUUCUCCCUCAACCACCGUCUGCCGCUGGGUCAGACCACACCAGCUACCAUACCCUUACCAGGGUCUGAGCCAAGUACGUCAUUAAAGGAGUGUCCCUGGCCGGCUGCUGUACGUCCACGACGAUGAGACGAGGCGGGGGCAGCCGGGUCCCACCCACGGCACCCGCCCUAGGGCACGCCCACGUCCACCGUCGCCCACGCCCACGAUGAUCAGUGGUGAGCAUGGCACUGUUACAGCCAGUCCUGCUCAUCACCACGACCAGUCGUCUGCCCUGCGCAAGAGGAAGCGACUCAGCCAAGUGGUGUUGGAGCUGACCUCUCAAGCCGAACGGCGCUCCCCCGACGACAAGUCCUGCCCCAGGGACAACCCUCCCCAGGACAAACCCCCAGAUACUGCGGUGCCCUCCCAGGCACAAGCUGAGAGGAAACAGAUGUUCAGUAGACAGCCCGACGAUGUUUCCCAGGGGCCCGGCCAGGAUCAGGCGGAAGAGCUUGGGCUCAGCCCCAGGCCCGGCCUUAGUCCUGUGCCUGGCCACAGCCCAGUACCGGGUCAUAGCCCAGUACCGGGUCAUAGCCCAGUAGCCGGCCAUAGUCCAAUUCCCGGCCAUAGUCCGGUCGCUGGUCACAGCCCUGUACCCGGCCACAGUCCUGUACCCGGCCACAGUCCGGGUGUCAGCCCCGGUCUAAGUCCUGGACUAAGUCCACGAGUAACCGUACAGGAUGAGUCAGGCCAAGAAGCCAUGAAAGUAGACACUCCCCCAUCCCCCAAAGAGGGCCCAGGGGAGGUGGUGGGCGGCUCAGCAGCCCUCCCAGAUGCCCAGCAGCAGAGGUCCCCCGGCGUGAUACAAGUGCACAGGUCGGGGGAGAGUGGCGGAGGUAGCAGCAGCAGCAGCAGCACCAGCAGCAGCUGCGGUAGUGCUGGACCUUCCAGGUCACCUCGAGCCGUCCAGAGCGACGUGUUCAGGUUCGACUCCGUGGACCGCGAGAGGUACCAGUACCACUGUCGAGCCAUCAGUGAAGAGGACGAGGAAGUGUUCUCUCCAGGGCCGCCCUCUCACUCCCCCCACGCCAGGGACUCCCCAGCCCUGGCCAGAGUCAACUCAGACUCCCCAAAACUCUCCUUCAGUCCUUUAAGGAUUAAGGACCCAAGUAUUGAUGAAGAAGACAUCGACCUGGACACUAAGUCUCAGUCGGCCAGCGAUGUUCCUUCCUCCACCAGCGUCAUCCGGGGCGUCUUGCCCAAGCUUAGUGUAGUGAGGAGUGAGACCGGGGAGCAGGGGGGCCACUACCCCCCCUGCUCCUGUCACCACUGCACCUUCGCCGCCAGGGACCCCCACCGUCUGGGUCCCUCAGGUCUCUCGCACUCACCAAUAUCACCACUCACGCCCACCUCCCCGCACACGCCCAUCUCCCCCUCACCAGGACACAACGUCGAGCACUACUUCCCGCCCACCGUCUACCUCCCGGACCUGUAUCGUCGUCGCUCACACUCAGACUCAGAUCUUCAGCUGUGGUUCGACCAGAAGGGCCGCAGCGAUGUUCCAGCGGCCAGCAGCAGCAGUAGUAGCAGUAGCAGCAGUCGUAGUGCAGCAGGUCCGUCAGGCGAGCAGUCUUCUCGCCAAUCCGUCUUGCGUCACGGGCGUCCCAUCCUUCAGCCCCUCUACCUGCCUCGUAAGGGCGGCUCCCUCGAGUCCGACAACUCGUCGCCGCAGGACUCGCCUCUGGACCUUUCUGUGAAGACGUCCGGGAGCCUGAAAACGGGCAGCACCUCCAGCACGGACAGCCUGGUGCUUCCGGCUACCUUGUCCCUCUCGUCCCCUCACUCCCCGCUUCUUGCACCUCCCAAAGACUCCACACCACCACCACGCUCCCCAGGGGCGCCAGACCACCGUACAAUCUCACAGUCGCACCUGCCCGUCCCCGUAGUGAAGGGAGACGUGGCGUCGUACAGUACUAAGGACAGCGUGGCACUGCGCUACCAUCUAGAAGUGUCGCCCGUCGUGGAGGAGAUGCCGGCGGGGGCAGACGUGGCCUUCGUGUGUCCCGUGUGUGGCCAGAUGUUCUCCCUUCAUGACCGUCUCGCCAAGCACAUGGCGUCACGUCACAAAAAUAAACAACUGGACACCAGCAGCAAGACAUACAUGUGUGACAUGUGUAAGAGAUCGUUCGCCAGGUCGGACAUGUUGACCCGCCACAUGCGUCUCCACACCGGCCACAAACCAUACACCUGUCGCGUGUGUGGCCAGGUGUUCUCUCGCUCCGACCAUCUCUCCACACACCAGAGGACCCACACUGGCGAGAAGCCCUACAAGUGUCCGCAGUGUCCCUACGCCGCCUGCCGCAGGGAUAUGAUCACCCGCCACAUGCGGACACACGCCCGCUACGAGCUACACGAGUCAUCAUCCAUGGAGGAAGGCCAGGAGGUGGCCAGGCCCUGUCUGCCGGUAAGGUCCCUGUCGGAGGAACACCCGGCACCCAGCCCUCUGCUGGACCUUCCUGGCAACCUGGGGCCCCCCCAGUCACGCCCUUCCCAGGUCUCCCCCCUACCCAUCUCCCCUGGCCCCCACACCACCACCAGCGGCGGGGCCCAGAAGUCCCUAGGGGCGUCCUCCAUGGGGAGCGGCACCUCCAUGCCCGGCCUGGGGCUGGGUGGGGCCGGCAUCGUGGGGCGACUCCCUCCUCAACUACAGCGGCCCAGGAAGCAGGAGGAGGACUGAAGGGCCUCACAUGACAUGUCUGGUUCAUGUUUUUUUGCCUCGCUGAGGUUUGUCUGGCUGGAGGUCGUCCCUCCUUGGCAGGGAGGCCGCUGGAGGCCAGAGUCCCGCGAGGUUCUGGCGUUGUUUGUGUGGCGGUGGCGGCCCGCCGUUCCCGCUGUGGCCGAGGUCAGCCCGGCGCCUGGCGCGACCUGGGCUUGGCCUGUCCCUGUCUGUCUGUCUCUCCGGCUGCCUAGUGCUGGUGCCCGGCCCCGCCCUGCUCCCUGGCCCCGUCUAACGGGGUUUUUGUGACCCCGAGGGGUGGGGCAGGCCGGGGCCGGGCAUGCGUGUUGGUGUCAGCACGUGGGUGUCUCAGUGUCAGUGGUCACGUGUCGUGUCGUGUAUGUGCCGCAUGCGGUGUCUCGGGCGGCGGGUCUGCCGGAGGUUUUGCCCACUGUGGGGGAGGGGGGGGGGCUCUGCCAUCCCUGGUGGGGCGGCCCCGCGGCAGGUGGGAGAGGAAGACUGUGCUGCUCCGCCCCCACAUUCACCCCCCCAAAGUAUCUCGGUGUGAAGGUGUCUGCCGCCUGCGGUGCCCGGGCGUCCUGCCGCCUGCGGUGCCCGGGUGUCCUGUUGCCUCUCUGGGGCGCGGUGACGCUAGCGAGGGCACCAGCAGGGUGGGGCGCCACAGGUGUAUCAAUGGUACCUGCUAAUUUAAUGAAGUAGAUAUUGUAAGGUGAGUGACCCCGAGGUGUGAGGGCGCCCGGGCGGGGCCAAGAGGCGUGUAGCCACGGGCCCGACCCAUGCUGACAGGGCGCGGUGACCUCCACGCCCACACUGUGUAUCCUCAAGGGGCCCACUGGGAGCUCAGUGCUGUAUAAAGUGAGCCCCGCAGCUGAUGAGUCAACAACAUGUAAUACUGAGCUGCAGGUCCUUACAGGUUGGCCUUGUGAGGCUGGUCACUAACAGGCCGUCUCGAGUGUGACCUGCCUGGUGAGCGACUCGUCGAGUAAGACCUUCUGGGAAUGACACAGUGUGGGAGGCGAGGAGCACCUCCACCCUACAGGCAGGAGCUACUGAAGGUCUCGGGUACCAAGUCCUUUAAUGUAUUAUCACGCGGUGGUCAUGUUUGCUUCGUGUUCAUAUUAUAAACGGUUCCUUUAUUUCUUCAGUUUGUCGCCUAUACUGUAGAGCCCGAGCCGCACCAGCGGGCAGUAGCGCUCCGUCACUCAACAUGUAACACCACAAUAAUGUAUUUUGAUGUCUUUCAUUUUUGGAUCAAAUUUGUCCUGAGCCAAACGUUUCCUCGAUCACUUAACCCGACCACGCUGACGCACGCAUGGCCAGGAUGCCGUAGUACUUUUAACAGGCUGACUAUCGCCAUGCAGGUUACUUAAAAAAAAAUAAAA